AUGACUAGAGCGUUAAUAAGUGUACAAGGUAUGACUUGUAGCGCCUGUGUGGCUACAAUCACCAAGCAACUAGAAAACCUAAAGGGUGUAGAAUCGGUUAAUGUAUCUUUAGUUACUGAAGAAUGUAACGUAGAUUAUGAUUCAACUCUUAUUAAAAGCCAUGAAGAUUUAAUAGAAGUAAUAGAAGAUUGUGGGUUUGAUGCAAAUUUAAUAUCUUUAGAGGAAAAGGACGGGGGGAAUAAGCAAGAAGAAGUGAAACAAACGAUUAAAGCUAGCAAUGGCAGUAACAUAAAUGGUAAUAUAAGUACACUCAAUAAUGAUUCUGAGACUAACAGAAUCCAUUUCAACGUUCAAGGUAUGACUUGUAGUGCAUGUGUGGCUACAAUCACCAAACAAUUAGAAGAUUUAAACGGUGUAGAAUCGGUUAACGUAUCCUUGGUUACAGAAGAAUGUACUAUAAAUUAUGACCCUGCCAUAAUUAAAAACUAUCAGGAGCUACAAACUAUAAUAGAAGAUUGCGGGUUUGAUGCUAGUUUAAUAGGUUUAGACGAAAAUUCAGAUACUUCUGCUUCUUUGGUUUCUGAGAAAUGUAUAAACUUAAAGGUAUUUGGUAUGUCUGGCGAUGUCUGUGUUACCACAAUAGAAAGUGGUUUAAAAAACAUUCAAGGAAUAAGUGACUGUACGGUCAAACUAGCUACGGAAAAUUGUGCUGUAACUUAUAACCCAACAAUUAUUAAUAUCAGACAAAUCAUUGCUGAACUUUCGGAUCUAGGGUUUGACAGUUGUGUUUCGUCUUCCUUAGACAAUUCUUCGCAGCUAAAGAUUUUAUCAAGGGUAAAGGAGAUCCAAUUUUGGCGUCAUAAAUUAAUACAUGCAGGUAUUUGUUCCUUUUUAAUUAUGGCCAUUUACACUUUUAUACCAAUGUUUUUCCCCAAUAAAUCGUGUAAGGGUAUUUUCCCCUAUACCGAAUUUUUAGUCAAUGGAUUUUACAGUAGGGAUUUAAUUGGUUUACUUUUAGCCUCAUAUGUUCAGUUUUAUUUGGGUGGAUUUUUCUACAAAGCAACUUACAAUUCUUUAAAGCAUUUAACUGGAACUAUGGACACAUUGGUCUGCAUUUCCACCACCUCAGCUUAUUUGUUUAGUGUUGGUUCUAUUUUAAGAAAUAUCUAUGUGGCCAAUAGGCUUGAUUCAGGUCGCAACAACAACAUGCCGAUGAUGUCUUAUCCAAUGAUGCAAUACAAUGGCAAUAAUAAUAAUAAUAGUAAUAACUAUUCUGAGAUGCCUAAAGUGUGUUUUGAUACAUCCACGAUGUUAAUAACAUUUAUUUCCUUGGGUAAAUAUUUAGAAAAUAAGGCCAAGUCCCAAACAUCAACUGCCCUAAGUAAGUUUAUGACAUUGACACCUUCAACGUGUUUGUUAUAUGAAGCAUCGACCAACAACAGUAAAGAAAUCAGUGUUGAUCUAUUGGAAGUUGGCGAUAUUGUGGAGAUUAAACCAGGUAUGAAAAUUCCAUGUGAUGGAAUUAUUGUUAGAGGCGAAUCAGAGAUUGAUGAAAGUUUAAUUAAUGGUGAAUCAUUACUAGUUUAUAAGUCUUUGAAUGACCUGGUAAUUGGUGGGUCUAUUAACGGCUCAGGUCAUUUUUAUUUUAAAGCCACUCAAGUCGGAGAUACAACCAAGUUAUCCAAUAUUAUCAAAAUUAUGAGACAAGCUCAAUUAGCCAAGGCUCCUAUGCAAAAGUAUGCAGAUUAUAUCGCCUCCAAAUUUGUUCCCUUUGUUUUACUUUUAGCAUUAUUCACUUUUAUAACCUGGUUUGUUGUUAGUUGUAUAUGUAAUAAUCCACCGAAAAUUUUUAAAGAAAGUGAGUAUGGUGCGGUAUAUAUGUGUUUCCAAGUCUGCAUUAGUGUUAUUGUGGUAGCAUGCCCAUGUGCUUUAGGGUUAGCUGCACCUACUGCAAUUAUGGUUGGGACUGGUUUGGGCGCCAAAAAUGGUGUAUUGAUUAAAGGGGGUGAUGUUUUGCAAAAAGUCGGAAAAAUCACCACGUUUUUAUUUGAUAAGACAGGAACCCUAACAACGGGUAAAAUGACUAUUGAAUUCUUUGAAAGGUUUGAUAAUGAUAAUGAUACUGAUGAUACUGAACGAGAAAAGGCGUGCAACUUGGAUGAUUCUACAUUAUGGAACAUUGUUGAUGUUGUUGAAUCCAUAAGUGAGCAUCCCGUUGCUAAGGCUAUUGUGUCAUAUGCUAGGUUACAGGCAGCUACAACUGCUAAUAUAUGUAAAAAUAUUAAUGCGUCAAAUAAACUUGAAAUUUUAUCAAGUAAUAUCAUAUUAGGCAAGGGUGUAGAAGCCGAAAUAAGUGUUAAUCAAAAUCAACAAACUCACAGAGUUGCUAUUGGUAAUAAAUCGAUGUUUGACCCCCAAGAUUCAGCUGGCAAUACUAAACUUUUAGGUAAAAAAUAUAGAGAUACAUUCGAAAACAUUGAAAAUAAAACAGUUGCAUAUUUGAGCAUUGAUGGUAAAUUGAUUGGUAAAUUUGUUAUAUCAGAUAAUUACAAGUCUGAUUCAAUUGCAGUGGUUCAAUAUUUACUUUCUAAAAACUAUAAAGUCGGUAUGGUUACUGGUGAUAACCAUAAAGUUGCAAAUGAGGUAGCCAAUCAUUUGGGUAUUCCACUAGAAAAUGUUUAUAGUGAGGUUUCUCCCUCAAAAAAAAAUGAAAUUGUUAGGUAUUCGCAAGAACAUAAUAAAGAAGUGGUUUGCUUUAUAGGUGAUGGUGUUAACGAUUCCUUAGCUUUAGUUACAAGCGAUUUGGGUGUGUCGAUCUCUUCAGGUACCGAUAUUGCCAUCGAAGCAAGUAAUAUAGUUAUUUUGGACGAUGCUAAAAAUGAUUCCAUAAAGGGAUUGAUCUAUGGGUUGGACAUCUCUACUAAAACUUUCCAAAGAAUUAAACUCAAUUUUUUCUGGGCAAUGUUAUACAAUAUGCUUAUGUUACCUAUUGCUAUUGGUGUUUUAAUCCCCUGGGGUAUAACUUUACACCCUAUGAUUGCCGGUCUAGCCAUGGCUUUCAGUUCUAUAAGUGUUGUUACCAAUUCUUUAAUGUUAAACAGAUGGACACCUCCUGAUUUACAUGAAGAUUAUGUAGAUAGUUUAAGAAAUAACAGAAAUUACGGCGAUGGGUCACAUAGAUUUUGGUUACGUUUGUGGAAAAGGUUUUUAAGCAUUUUUAGGAUUGCAAAUAAUCAGGAUAUUGAGAUGGCUCGUCAUGAUAAUGACAGUGAUAUUACACGUGAUUCUUUGUUGAAUAAAUGA